CAAAAUCCCAAGUUUGACAGUUCUUGACGUUUGCAGCGGAUGGGGCCAAAAAAUCAUUUGCAGUUUCAUAAAUAUGGAAAAUAAUGAAUCAAAAGAUGCAAAAGUUGAAUCAAACAAAUGUAAAGUACUUAUUAUUGGAGCUGGCAUAGCCGGCCUAUCAGCGGCGUACCAUUUAUCGAAAAAUGGAUUCAAAGAUUUUAAAAUUUUGGAGGCACGAAGCAGGAUCGGUGGAAGGGUUGUUCAAAUCCAAUUGGGCAGUGAGAAAAUCGAGUUGGGGGCCAAUUGGAUACAUGGAGUUUUAGGUAAUCCUGUUUACGAGUUGGCAAUGCAAAACGGCCUCGUCGACAUCCUGGCAAUGCCGAAACCGCACGAGGUGGUGGCAACCACCGAGCGCGGUAAACAGGUCCCUUUCGCGACCCUGCAAGAGAUAUACGAGGCCUACAUCUGCUUCCUCAAGCGGUGCGAGGAGUACUUCAUAUCGCAAUACCUCCCGCCGGACGGCAUAGAAAGCGUCGGCGACCACAUCAAGCUAGAAAUAAGUUUAUACUUGGAUAAAAUCAAGGACAAACACGAGAGAGACCUGCGAAAGUUGAUUUUUGAUUGUUUAUUAAAACGCGAGACGUGCAUAUCGGGCUGCGACGACAUGAGUGAGAUCGAUUUGAUGGAAAUCGGGACGUACACGGAGUUGCAAGGCGGCAAUAUAACGUUACCGAACGGUUACAGUUCCAUUUUGGAGCCGAUUUCGGCGCCCAUACCGCCGGAUUUAAUUCUGCUGGAACACGCGGUAAGCGCGAUAAAAUGGUCGCGCGGCAAGUCGAAAGACUACAGCUACGACUCGGACGAUUCCGACCGAACCGUGAUCGAGGAGGCGUCGAGUUGCGAGAAAGCGUCGCACGUCGAAGUUACGUGCGAGAACGGGGAGAUAUUCCACGCUGACCAACUGAUUUGCACGAUUCCUCUGGGCGUGCUCAAAAGCAAAGCCAACGCGAUGUUUCAGCCGAGUCUGCCCGCGUACAAGGUCGACGCGAUAGAUCGCCUGCUCUUCGGCACGGUAAACAAAAUAAUAUUGGAGUACGACCGGCCGUUUCUGAGACCGAACAUCACGGAGGUGCUGCUGCUGUGGGAGCCGGAGUCGGCGGAGCGACGCGACGAUUUCAGCAAGACGUGGUUCAAGAAGAUUUACUCGUUCUCGAAAAUCACGGAGACGCUGAUGUUGGGCUGGAUUUCCGGCAAGGAGGCCGAGUACAUGGAGACGCUGCACAACGACGUCGUCGCGAAAACGUGCACCAACAUUUUGAGGAAGUUUCUCUGCGAUCCCUACAUACCGAAGCCAAAGACGUGUGUUUGCACGAGUUGGGCAAGUCAACCAUAUACCAGAGGUUCCUACACCGCGAUAGCUGUGGGAGCUUCACAAAUCGACAUUGAAUGUCUUGCACAACCCCUUUAUAUGGACGACGAUGAAUCGAAGCCUGUGGUGCUGUUCGCUGGCGAGCACACCCACACGAACUUCUACUCGACCGUGCACGGUGCGUACCUGACUGGCCGCACAGUGGCCCAAAUAGUGAUGACACCGGAAACCGGAAGCGCGGACGACGAGAUAAUCGUCGAUUGCGAAGAGGCGACGGAUCUGAGUUCGUGGAUACAAGGAAUCAACCUCGAAUAGACGAAAACUGCCUUAAAUAGUAUUUUUUAAACAGAACAGAAAGUGAGUUUUACAAAAUUUUUUUUAACUUUAUCUAUUCCCAAGUUUCACAUUCUAAAGUACCUGUUUUUAAUUAUUCAGGAGAUUUUUACUGCAACACAACAUUUCUUACAGGAUAAUUUAUAAACUAAUAUAAGGUUAAACUAUUUGAAAAAUUUGAUUAAACUUGUUGAAAUUGGCUGCUCUUAUUACCUAUAUGUGUAAAUUAAGGUUUUUAAAUUUUAUAUUUAACUUAAUUUUGCGGAGGUUUAUUUGUGGCCUAGGACAUCAUUUAAGUCGCAUUUUGUAUGUAUCCCAACUAGAGGCUAGCAUUUUUUAAUACAAUAUAUUAUAUUUAUACAGGAUGUCUUCAAAAACCCUCCAUUUAUUUUAAGAAAUGUUUCUUGUAGUUUUUACUGCAUAUGUUGUUAUUUAUUAGUGAAUUGUUUUUGUACAAAAUGUGACGUUUAAGUGAGUAUUAAAGAUUAGUUGCUUGCCUAUAAUUAUUCUACCCAAUUUUUUUGUUUUUUGACAUUUUUUGUUGAAUGUAUUUUAUUAGAUAUUGUAAACUUAAGCUAGUCAUUUUAAAACUGAUAUUGUUUAAAUAAAAGACAAAU